AAAACAAGAUUUCGAGAUCAAUGAGAUGAUAUUUAAUUAUCAAAAGGUUAUAUCUAUUGAAUUUCGAUUGAAAAUUGAAGAAAUUUCGUACAUUUAUGUUUCUAUGCUUAGUAAAUAUUAUUUUUGCAAGAGUUAUUAGCUGAAGAAUUGAUACAAGAUCUGCGAAUAUUGACUUUGAGGAUAGAGGUAACACUGUAACACGAAAACAAUAAUUUUUGAGGUUAGGUUCGUCUUAUCGUGCAGAAACAUCCAGAUUCGCUCUUAUCAAUCCGGAUUUCUCCUUUACUCGUCUCCAUUUCCAUAAUCACGCAUUAAUAAACCGGUUUCAAAGCAUGAUGUCGCACCUACAUAUCCGUUUGGCUUUUGAAUUCGCUGUUCUUUUUCAGAUCGUUUCGAUCUGCUUAAGUUUGAAUUGCGUUUGAAGUGUUUAUCAUCUUCUGGAGGAAGCAAGUCUCUUCUCUUAUCAUUGUAACUGUAAUACUGUUCGUGAAAUCUGCCUUUAUUCUAUCCUGUGCCCACCACUGAAUUUCCUGCCGUGAAUUUCAAGCACUUUCCUCACCAUGAACCAGGAUGUGAACGUGAUGGCUGCAGAAAUCAUCGAGCGCAAAGUAGAAAAAGAGUUCUCCACUAUCUCGGAGACUUUUUACAUGCUGACGAUGCCUUGUUUCAUUCUCCUUUUUCUGGAGAUGCUGAUAAAUGUCUUGAUGCUUCACAACAACCUAGAUAGUCUCAAGACAACUUUAAGAUUUCCAUUGGAGUUUGUCUUGGAACAUGGUAUUCUAAUCCUGCCCGUUCUCUUAGCCUCAACUGUCUACUCUAAUUCUGUCGUAUCAAUUUUUACAACUGUUGUUUUACUUUGUUUCACAUUCCUCCUAUGGAAUGUCUUAGAUAAUAAGAAUAAGGCAUCUAUAAAUGAUUUGAUUAUUCUUCCUGUUGCCAACCAGCAAGUAUACAUUACCUACUUCAGGAGUAUUGUCCUAAUUUUUAGUGGUAUGGUAAUUUUAGCAGUUGAUUUUAACUUUUUCCCUCACAGAUUCACUAAAACAGAGACAGUUGGGUACAGUGUCAUGGAUGCUGGUGUAGGGCUUUUCAUUGUUUCAAAUGCUAUCGUGUCUAGGUUCCCAAAUCAUGAAGAAAAUAUAGUUAAAGUGGCGAAAAACAUCUUCCCUCUUUUAAUCUUGGGCAUUGGUCGGUAUGUUUCUGUGAUAAUAUGUGACUACCAUGUAAAUGUCAAAGAAUACGGAACUCAUUGGAACUUUUUUAUAACUUUGGCUGUAGUCAAGUUAGCAUCAUUUAUAAUUUUUAAGUUGAGUAAUUUUAAAGUGCUCAAUGUAUUUUUUAUAAGCUCUUCUCUACUUUUAAUUCACCAGUAUCUUCUUAAUUAUGGUGUAAGAGACUGGGUAUUCAGUGAAAUAGAACGAGAGGACUUCAUUGUCGCCAACCGAGAAGGCAUUGUGUCUGCCUUGGGGUAUGAAAUACUUUACCUCUUCGGAAUUUUGCUGAAACAAUAUUUUCCGCUGAAAGACCAAGCUUAUUCAAUUAUUGACAUGCUGUCAACUCUAUUCCCUAUGUCCAUUGUCUUCAUGAUGCUGCACCUGUAUUUUGACGGCGUGGACCCAAUUUCCAGACGAGUCAUUAAUGCGAGCUAUAUCUUUUGGAUUCUAAUUCUAGCCUCUGCAAUGUUGCUCAUCUGUCUAGUGAUUGAAAUUUUCAAUAAGAUUAUUUUUAACAAAGAGCUGAAGGAAAAAUUCCGUAUUUCUCUCUUGCUGGAAGCAGUCAAUCACAACUCCUUAUUUUAUUUCCUAAUCUGUAACUUAUUCACUGGUUUUAUAAACAUGUCCAUGGAUACAUCUAAAAUUAAUGCUCUCAAUAGUUUUGUAAUUGUUUUCAGCUAUGUUUGCUUUGUCAAUCUAAUUAUUUGCAUUUUGUUUGUGAACAAUAUCAAAUUAAGAUUGUGAACAAAUUGAAUAUUCUGAAGUGUCAUUGAUCUUAGCCAGGUUUACUUUCGAUUCCUGUAAAUAAUGUAAAUAACUUUGUUAAUUGAUUUAAGUAAGAUUAUUUAUUGACAAAAUCUUUGUUUGUUACUCAGUGUUUUUUCUUUUUUUGAAAAGUAUAAUUUUUUAUAAAUGGAACCGAUUAUUUUUGAAGAAAAAAAACUCAUAUUUUCUGAAAGCAA